GUACUGGACUCGCUGGGCACAGAGACUGUACGGCCCAGUUCUGCUGCUCAGUGUGUUGCCUACAUUGCUUGUGCUGAGUUGCCUCACAGACUCUGGCCAGACCUGAUUGCCAGACUCACCAACAACGUGAUCAAUGCCGCCAGCACCGAGAUGAUGAAGGAGGCCACCUUGGAGGCGGUGGGCUACAUCUGUCAGGAGAUUGAGCCAGAGAUCCUCCAGCCACAGUCUAAUGAGAUUCUCACAGCCAUUGUACAUGCAAUGAAGAAAGAAGAGCCAAGUAACCAUGUCCGAUUGGCUGCAACAAAUGCCUUGCUUAACUCCUUAGAGUUCACAAAAGCUAACUUUGAUCAAGAGGCUGAGCGACACUUGAUCAUGCAGGUGACCUGUGAGGCCACACAGUCAACAGAUACACGGGUGAGGGUGGCGGCCAUGCAGUGCCUGGUGAAGAUCAUGUCCCUGUACUAUGUGUACAUGACUCAUUACAUGGGCCCAGCCCUGUUUGCAAUUACCAUUGACGCCAUGGAACACGACAAUGAAGAAAUUGCUCUGCAGGGAAUUGAGUUUUGGUCUACAGUUUGUGAUGAGGAAGUUGACCUGGCAAUAGAACUGUCAGAGGCCACAGAACAAGGUCGGCCACCUGAGCGCACGUCAAUGUUUUAUGCCAAGGGAGCCUUGCAGUACCUAGUUCCCAUACUGCUGGUGACUCUGGCUAAACAGGAGGAGCAUGAUGAUGAUGACGAGUGGAACCCAUGCAAAGCAGCAGGUGUCUGCCUGAUGUUGAUGGCCACCUGCUGUGAGGACGACGUGGUCCCACAUGUGCUGCCUUUUGUCAGAGACAACAUUCAGAACCAGGACUGGCGGUACAGGGAUGCAGCAGUCAUGGCUUUUGGUUCCAUCUUAGAAGGACCUGACCCAGAGAAGAUGAAACCUAUUGUGGAGCAGGCCAUGCCCAUGCUAAUUGAACUCCUCAAAGACCCCAGUGUGGUGGUUCGAGACACAGCUGCCUGGACGGUUGGGCGAGUCUGCGAGCUCUUACCUGACUCUGUCCUGCACGAGACAUGCCUAACUCCCUUGCUGAAUGCUCUAGUGGAAGGCCUUGUGGCCGAGCCUAGGGUUGCCAGCAAUGUCUGCUGGGCAUUUUCUAGUCUUGCAGAAGCCGCCUAUGAGAAUGCUGAAACACCAGAUGAUAGUGCCGAACCUGAUACCUAUUGUCUUUCCAGUUACUUUGAGAUAAUUGUGGAGAGGUUGUUGCAGACUGCAGACAGACCUGAUGGAAACCAGCAUAAUUUACGUAAUGCAGCCUAUGAAGCUUUGAUGGAGUUGGUGAAGAACAGUCCUAAGGACUGCUAUGUGAUUGUACAGAAAACAACCAUGAUCAUCCUAGAAAAAUUGGAACGGGUAUUGUCUAUGGAGGGUGCCAUUCAGUCCACCAAUGAAAGAGUACAGUACUACGAUUUACAGUCCUUGUUGUGUGCCACAUUGCAGAGUGUGAUGCGAAAGGUGACACCGGAGGAUGCCCCCAAAAUUUCAGACCAAAUUAUGACUGCUUUGUUGAGGAUGUUCCAGUCGACCAGUGGCAAGGCCGGUGGCGUUCAGGAGGAUGCUCUGCUAGCCAUGUCUACACUGAUAGAAGUUCUGGGUGAGAAGUUCCAGAUGUACAUGGAUGCCUUUAAACCCUACCUUCUGUUGGGUCUCAAGAACUAUGCAGAGUAUCAGGUUUGUUUGGCUGCUGUGGGCAUUGUGGGUGAUCUGUGCCGUGCCCUAGGUGCCAACAUCCUCCCACACUGUGAUGAGCUAAUGAUGAUGCUCUUAGAGAACCUUGGGAACGAAAACGUCCAUCGGUCAGUGAAGCCUCAGAUCCUGUCAGUGUUUGGGGACAUCGCCUUAGCCAUCGGCACCAACUUCAAGAACUGCCUGGAUGUGGUGAUGAACACGCUGCAGCAGGCAUCUCAAGCUCAGGUGGAUAAGACGGACUAUGAUAUGAUCGACUAUCUGAACGAGCUGAGAGAAGGAUGUCUGGAGGCUUAUACUGGCAUAGUGCAGGGACUCAAAGGUGAUGGAGAAUCUCCCAAUCCUGAUGUGGUCCUGAUCCAGCAGCAUGUGGGACAUAUUGUGUCUUUCAUUGAGCACAUUGCUGCAGAUGAAGACAAGAGUGAUAGCAACGUGGCUGCCUGCUGUGGUCUCAUAGG